UUCCAAGCUUUUUUAUCUAUAAUUUCAUUUUUUUUAGACAUAGGAUGGGUGGUCGGAUUCUAUUCUUUGGUUGUCAAAGAAGAAUGUGAUACAUUUAUCAAUGGAAUACACGUAAAGUGCAUCUGCAACGGUUUAAGUUAGAUAUUUGUAUCUGAUGUCAAAGAUGGCGGACACUUUAGUUGGUACACACUCUUGCGUAGCAUAGUGCCAACGACCGUGAUAUGUACAAUCCUGUAGUAAAUUACUUAUUUCAAGAACGUUGGAUACUAGUUUUAUAACUCUAUCAAUAAUGCACAUAGAAAUGGCGCGGCCAUUGUGUACAUGCUGUUGCUGUGCUUCUUCAACUCGUGUGCUGCCGUUGUUGUUAAUAGAUACUCGAGGCGAGGCGCGGCUGUCGCUGGACGGAACGUCAUUCAAUCCGGCCGUUAUCGAGGGCAACGCUGACGUCUUCAAUAACCCUCACUUCAUCAUGGAAAAAAGGGGCUGGCAGCCGGACCAGGAGGCGGUCACGUGUCCACUAUGUAAGUGCAAGUUCGGCGGAUUAAAGAGGCGUCACCAUUGCCGUCAGUGUGGGCUGGUUGUCUGCAACAAGUGUUGUAACGAAAAGGUGCCUCUUCCACAAUUGGGCAUCGAGGAGCCCGAGCGUGUUUGUGAGGCUUGCCGACCCGUCACCUCCGCAGUCACAAAGUCAAGGUCACACAUACCCGCGGUACAGCAGGCUGCAGCGUCGGAACUGUCAUUGCUUUGUAAGAAUGACCGAAAUAUGAAUUUGAUAUUUCAGUAUGGUGGGUUCCACACGCUUUUGGGGUUGGCAGGGGGAAGCUUACGGCAGGCGAAUGAGGACAUCCUGGCAGCCGUUGUGAACGCCCUCCAUACUUUAUCUACGAACGAACCGGUCCAGUCCUAUAUGGCGCAGUCCCGGAUCAUUCCCGCUCUCUGUCAGGUUUUGGAGAAGACACAGCCUAACAAGGGAAAAAUUCUCAUGGAUGGCUUGAGUGCCUUAACAAUAUACUGCAAAUCCCAGGCAUUCUUAAACACGGUUUUGGACAGCGGUGGCCUGUCCGCCAUACUGCCCCUGUGUAGGUGCCCUGACGGGACGGUGGCGCUCAUGGCCGUCAGUUUACUCUCCGUGCUAUUGGAGAACCCGGCUACACACGCUGCACUCGUGGACGGCCGCGGGGAGGCUCUGCGAAACCUGCUAUCUCUCGUCAACGUUGACAAUGCUCAGAUGCAGGCAGUAGCUUUGAAGUGUUUGAACUAUGUUUCCAUGGGCAAAGACUGGAACAAACACAGAAUAAUCCAGGAGGACUUUUCGUGUGGACGGCCCCUGCUUGCGGUUGUACGGACGGAAACCAUCAACAUGCAGGUCUGGGCGAAUGCGGCGUGUCUGGUCGCCAAUCUCGCCACCAGCCAGGAGGAUCAGACGAGCCUGGCGGAGAACCGUGACGCGCUGUUGGACAUCGUGAAGUCUGACGUUACCAAUUUCGACUUGCUCAGAAAUGUCAUCAGAGGAAUAGCAAACUUCGCAAAGUUUCAGCAAAAUAGUGCAAAAAUCCUGUCCGCCCUGCCGCACAUGAGCCGCCAUUGCAUGACACACGAAGACGUGGCCGUCCGUCUAUCCGCACUGAGGGCCGUCCUCCAUUUGCUGCAGCACGAGACGGAAGCAACCCUCACGCAGCUCCUCAUCGAGGGUGCUUCGGACAUGCUACGGACGCUGACAGGGGCUGGUGACGUCAUGAACGCUAUGUUCGCCGCCAUCAGCCAGACGCACCCGGAUCUCUCCCGCCCACUUUAGCCCAAAUGAUUUCACAGAUCAUAAACAGUGAUGUCACAAAAAAUGAACAAUGAUCGAAAUCACAAAUCGAGAACAAUGACGUCACAAAUCAUGACCAAUCAAAUCAUGGUUAACGACGAAUGUUGAUCCCGUUGUGGCUUAUAAUGAUGUUUGAUGUAGUGUUAUCCUUGCAAAGACAGCACAGCUCGUUAAUACACUACUUUGACUUGCAAUUUAAACUGCAUGCAUACAUGUAUACUAUUUGAUGGUCAUUUGAAAAAUCAUUUUAACUACGAUUUUCCUGUCUGUUGGACUGUUACUUCUAUUGAAAGGUAUACAUUUUAAGCUAGAAUUAUGCAGAAUUGGAUGCUGCCAAGAACGUAAAUCGAAAACACUUUUCAUUUUGUUGUUUUAUUCAUUUUUUUCAUUAUCAAUUUUACUCAUUAAUAAUACAUUUCAAAUAUCUAACAUUAUAAUGUACAACAAGAUAUAUGAUAUGGAAAUUGAUAUGUUGAAUAUAUGAAACUGCUAACAGAGCCAUGAUCAGCCAUGCCAGUUAGUUUGAACAGAUUAUAACAAAUUAUUGAGAUGAAAAAUGACAUAAUGUAUGUGUAGGAAUAAAUAUUACCACAUCUAA